ACGACUGGAUAUUAUUAGUCUUUACCCUGUCACUAAAAUUAGCCAUGUGUGGGAUUGAGCUGAGAUGAAUCUGGGUGAACAGUGAAUUCGUGUAUUGCACCACCGGGAAUCAGCAAUUGUUUGCCUGAGAGCUAGCUGCAUAUGAUUGUUUAAAAAACUAAGAUGCCACCAAAGAAGAAGGCAGGACCACCCAAGGCACCACCCCUUAUUGGUAGGGUGGGGACAUCACUCUCCUGUGGUAUUGUGGGUCUACCAAAUGUAGGAAAAUCUACCUUUUUUAAUGUACUUACCAAGAGUCAAGCUUCUGCAGAAAAUUUUCCAUUUUGUACAAUAGAUCCCAAUGAAAGUAGGGUACCAGUACCUGACGAAAGAUAUGAUUUCUUAUGUGAUUACUAUAAACCUGCAAGCAAAGUGCCAGCUUUCCUCCAUGUAACUGAUAUUGCGGGGCUAGUGAAGGGUGCCCAUGAAGGCAAGGGACUGGGAAAUGCUUUCUUAUCUCACAUUAAAGCUGUUGAUGGAAUUUAUCAUGUGAUACGCACAUUUGAAGAUGAGGAUAUCACUCAUGUUGAGGGUGAGGUUGACCCAGUGAGGGAUCUUGAAAUUAUCAGCGAAGAACUACGGUUGAAGGAUGAGGAAUUUAUUGAGGCUCGUGUUGCGGAUAUGGAGAAGAAAGUGAAACGUGGUGGUGACAAAAAAAGCCAACCAGAAUUUGAUGCUCUUGUUAAGAUUCAAAAAUUUCUUGUUGAUGAAAAGAAGUGGAUACGAACACAAGAAUGGAGUGCUUUUGAAAUUGAAGUUCUUAACAAGUACAUGUUUAUCACAUCAAAACCUGUUAUUUACUUGGUUAAUCUCUCAGAAAAGAAUUACAUCAAAAAGAAGAACAAGUGGUUGGGAAAGAUUAAGGAGUGGGUUGAUAAGAAUGACCCUGGUGCACUCAUCAUUCCAUUUAGUGCUGGCUUUGAACUCAAGUAUUUCUUGAUGGAGGAAGAUGAAAAGAAGACAUUUUUAGAAGAAAAUCACACAACAACUAAUCUUAGCAAGAUCAUUGUCAAUGGUUUUAAAGCAUUGCAGUUGGAGUACUUCUUUACCACUGGUGCAGAUGAAGUUAAAGCUUGGCCAGUACAGAAAGGGACCAAGGCACCCCAAGCUGCUGGAAAAAUUCACACAGACUUUGAGAAAGGUUUCAUUAUGGCAGAAGUUAUGAAAUUCGAUGAUUUCAAGGAACUAGGGAGUGAGAAUGCAGUUAAGAGUGCUGGGAAAUACAGACAGCAAGGCCGUAACUACAUCGUAGAAGAUGGAGAUAUUAUUCUAUUCAAGUUUAACGCUGGGGCAGGUCUAUCGGACAAGAAGAAAAAAUAGAAAAGAAAGCGUCAUAAACUGUUUUUGAUAUAUUGAAUAAAUCUUGCAUAUUCAUCUUAAUUUUAUUUCUGAUAUAGAUACAAUAGCAGUAGCACAUAUGAAUUUUGGGUUAUACCAUUCCUUGACCAUAUGAAAUCAAUUUGAAUGUCUAUCAAGAAUACAGGGAGUAAUACUGCUCAAGCCUUCACUAUCCAUCCCUGAGCACUUUCCUAAUCAAAUUCUUAGUUAAAAAAUUGUGGAAGAAGCACUAAAAAGAGAUGAAACUCAGAAUUAUAUCAGUAUGUAUUAAGCUUCCACGGUGUUUGUCCCUCUAGGUGAGUUUGAAGAGGGAAGAAAAGUCUAAUGUGUUACCUUUAAUAUUUACUGUAGAUGAAGCAUAAGCUCUCCACACCCAAACACCUAACAGGAUACGCAAGUGUCGGGUCCAGGAAUUUUAAAUAUAGGGGACCAGAAAGGGACUUCCACAGAUGGAGGAUGUAUACUACCUCAGCCCCAACAUGGUUGGGACUGAGGUAAGAAAAUUUAUGAUUAUGGCACCAUUAUAUGGCUGAAAAUGGCACUCUUAGACUCAAAAUUUGAGUAGAAUUUUCUUUUUUUCUUAAAUUUGUUUAAAAUUUUGAACAAUUUAGGGGGGCCUGGGCGGGCCCGUGGCCGGCCGGCUGGGCCUCCCUUGAAUCUGCCACUAUACACUGCUACUCCUGUAACAGAAACAGAAUAAUGAUAAUAUAAAGCAGCGAUUAAAGCCAAUUGGCCUUUUCUUAGAAACCCUGUGAAGGCACUCAGUGGCUGAUACCAGGCAACAGUCAUAAAGGACUUAGAGUACCUGAAGAACUAUCUAUUUUAUCAUUUACUAUUGUUUUAACUCAUAAAAUAAAUUUUUUUGACAUACCAUUAUUGGUUUAUGAUUGCAGAAGCUUUUAAUUGUGUAUCAGAGAAUGUGAUCGAGAGAGUGGUCUGCUACAGGCAAGUGUAACACAUACAAAUGACAGUUCAUUAACAAAUUAGCAAGCUUUUGAUUUUUUGACAGUCAAAAUGAGAAAGAAAAAUGUGCAAUUUAAAUUUUCUCUUGAAGAGUAUACUGUUAACACAUGUACAGUAAGUAUUCUAUCAUUCUAGACACUUGAAAGAUAUUGGAUAAAAAUAGGAAACGGUAGAUUGAAAACAGAAAAUUAAGUACUGUAAAGAAACUCUGUACAGAGGUAACAAAUUUUUAUUUCACAUGGUUAUAUAGUGGGGGUAGGGGAAUGAAUUAAAGCUUGUAGCCCUCCUUGGUGCCAGUUAGCUUUGAAGGGUGAUAGUGGGAUAAAAGAAACUGAAGAGUAGGCAACUGUAUUCAUCUUUGGAAUAUGAACUCAAAGGGUGCAGAUCAUUGGGGAUGGGGGGAACAUGUCCCUCCACAUUUUUAAGAGGGCUAGUCCCCUCACGUUUUGUCCGCAAUGUAAUUUCGUAAGUCAAGAAGAUGCCUGAAAAUUGUUGAAAUGAACUACAUAAAUGAUCCAGGUUUUAACGAAAAAGAGCGCUGUACAGCCAUAGUACAUCUUAUUUUAUUAGCAAGAUACUGGUAUCUCUGCCCACAAACAUCUGAAAUACACGACUUGUGUGCGCGUGCCUUAUUUAUUAUAAUUUGAGAAGUAUGAGAAAAAGCGUGUAAUGAUAAGAUUGGUUUUCAGGCUCAUGAAGUAGGUAAAGUAAAGUAAAUACACGGUA